AAAAGCUUGUCUUUUACAUUCCCCUCUCAACACACAGCGUGUGUGCUUUCCACCUAACACACAACAUGCCAUCUAACAGAAACAGCCAGGUCUGCAGAUUGCUGAAGGAAAUCGGUGGACUUCUAUGGAGCUACCGUAACUACCUGAUCAUCUUCAUCACUCCUUUGGUCUUCCUCCCCCUGCCAAUCGUCAUCCCAACCUCGGAAGCAAAAUGUGGCUACGUCAUCAUUGUGAUGGCUCUCUACUGGUGUACAGAGUGUAUGCCACUGGCCAUGACUGCGCUGCUGCCAGUAAUCCUUUUCCCCAUGUUGGGCAUCAUGGAGUCUGGAAAGGUGUGCGUGCUGUACCUGAAGGACUCCAACAUGCUGUUCAUCGGUGGGUUGCUGGUGGCAAUAGCUGUGGAGCACUGGAACUUGCACAAGCGCAUCGCUUUGAAGGUCCUGCUGAUAGUUGGAGUCCGACCUGCUCUGCUGAUGCUGGGCUUCAUGAGCGUCACAGCUUUCCUGUCUAUGUGGAUCAGUAACACAGCUACAACAGCGAUGAUGCUGCCAAUAGCUCAGGCCGUGCUGGAGCAGCUCAGCAACACAGAGGCUGAGAGCGAUGAGAGAGAAGUGAAGGAAGGAAGAGAGAACCAGGCCUUUGAGAUGUCUGAAGUCACUACAAGCAAACUUCCCUUGGACAACCUUAAUGAAAAACAGUGGCCAUAUGAAGUCUCCAGUGUAGAAAAUGGAUGGGAUUCAGCUUUAGAGAGCCGGAGGAAGGCUCGAGAGGAGAAGUAUCUCCUGCUUAAUAAAGGCAUGAGCCUGAGCGUGUGCUACUCUGCCAGCAUUGGUGGAACUGCCACCCUCACAGGGACAACACCAAACCUCAUCCUCAAAGGCCAGAUGGACGACAUCUUCCCAGAGAACCCUGAUGUAAUCAAUUUUGCCAGCUGGUUUGGCUUCGCCUUCCCCAACAUGGUGCUGAUGCUUCUCCUCUCCUGGCUCUGGCUGCAGUGCAUGUAUCUGGGCUUAAACUUUAAGAAGUCAUUUGGCUGCGGCACAAAGAAUGAAGGGGACCGGGAGGCCUAUAAAGUGAUGAAAGAGGAAUACAAAAAGCUGGGCAAGAUGAAGUUCGCUGAAGCCGCAGUGCUCACCGUCUUCCUGGGUUUGGUGGUGCUGUGGUUCACCAGAGAGCCAGGCUUCAUGCCAGGAUGGGCUGCUGAACUCAACAGGAAAGGACAGUUCGUGACUGAUGGCACUGUAGCCAUUCUUAUGUCAAUGCUGUUCUUCAUCAUUCCCUCUCAACUGCCACUGAGCAUGUGCAAUGCCGUGGAUAAUGAAGAAGAAGAAACUUCUGAGAGGCCAAAGCCAACGGCUCCCCCAGCUCUGCUGCAAUGGAAGGUGGUUCAUGAGCGCAUGCCCUGGAACAUCGUCCUUCUGUUGGGAGGUGGAUUCGCAUUGGCCAGCGGUAGUGAGGUAUCUGGGCUGUCGGUGUGGCUGGGUGAGAGCCUGGCUCCUCUGAAAAGUAUCCCACCCUUCGCCAUCUCCCUGAUACUCUGCCUGCUGGUGGGAACCUUCACCGAGUGCUCCAGCAACACGGCAACAACCACCCUCUUCCUGCCCAUCCUCGCCUCCAUGGCCACAGCUAUUGAGCUCCACCCGCUGUACGUCAUGCUGCCCUGCACCAUCUGCGCCUCACUGGCCUUCAUGCUACCGGUUGCCACUCCACCCAAUGCUAUUGCCUUCUCCUACGGCACCCUCAAAGUCCUGGACAUGGCAAAGGCUGGCUUCAUAUUAAACAUUAUAGGAAUCCUGUGCAUCAACCUGGGAAUUAACACAUGGGGAGCAGCCAUGUUCCGACUGGACACCUUCCCCUCAUGGGCCAACGUCACACAUGGAGCACCAUGAGCUUACCAGCAGAACUUUGUGACUGAAUACGGCAGUGAUGAGGAGGCAGAGAGAGGAAGGUGAAAAGCAAGUAAAAUGCAUGUUGUCCAAAAGGAUAAAUUUAACAUCUAUCAGGGCUCCAGCACCUGCUCCUCUGCUCGCUGCAAUAAUGAAGAAACACUCUCAAAUUCUCAACAUCUAUAUUUAUUACUAUUUAUUCAUUCCCUUUUUCUGCCUUUCUGAAAACACACAAACAGAAAGGCCUUUUAAAAGAUUAUGGAAUUGAAUAUUCAGAUGAGAACAGAACUGGUGUAGCAGUCGGUUCUCCAGGGAAUGCCUGACAACACUGCAUGGCAGGUAGUUCAAAGCAGUGCUGCUGCAGGCUUCACAGUUAUCAGAGGAGGCAUGCGAGGCCCUCCCCUUCCCCAAACUGAUGGUGCUGUAGUGCUGAGAGGGGAAAUGUACUAGAAAGUGCCUCAAUAACGGGGAAAUAUUAAUAAAACUAAGAUAUAAACCUA